GUCUGGUUUCGUCUGCUAAAAAACGCAUUCGUCUCUCGUCGUACUCCUUACCAUAUUUAUAGGAUUUUCUGAAAAUGACGGAUUUUUUUUUAUCUCCUUUUGCCAAUGAAAGGCUUAUUGAAAGUUAUCGGGACCAGCAGAAAUGUCUGGCUUAUCUAGUUGGAUAUGAGGUUUCGAAAGGCGAAACCCAUAUCCUUGGAAGUAUCAAAGUAUUCGAAUAUUAUUUAAAUAAUCUGUUUGCUACAUGGCGAAAAAACGAGGAAGUUCUUCCGGCAAAUUUGAAAUUCUGCGGAGUUUGUGUUACUCAGAAUCAAUCAGAGGAUGUCGAUGAGUUUAUAGAGAAAAUUAACAAGUUAGCAAUACCUCCAGAUUUCCAGUCACAAGAACAAAUAAACAAAAUGGUUGUUUUACUGCAUAAUGAAAAUUCUAAAGCUUCAGAACUUCCAAAGUCAUUCUUGUACAAUUAUCAAACGAAAAACUAUUCAGAAAUUCCAUUAGAAUUUUCCAAAUCAAAUAUAUUGGACGAUUGCAUUCGAUUUUCAAUUAAACAGACAAUUAAUGUAGCUUACGACUCAAAAAACUUAAAAGAAACUUUUGCUUCCCAAAUUGAUAAUUUAAUGAAACGAAUGGAUAAUCCAAAAAUUGUUUAUGAUAUACUACAAAGCGAUAUAAUGUUACGAAACAAUGGUAAAACUAUAUCUGUUGAAGCUGAAAAUUCUGCAAUAACUAUAUUGGAUAAAAUUCAAGAAGAAUCUGAUGGAUUUGAAAUAGUUGACAAAAAGAAAAAGAAUAAAAGUCGUAUAAUUAAAAAGGUACCCUACGCUGUGGAAAUUUUGGAAUCAAAUAUCUCACAAGAUGUUUCAGUUGCUGUUAUAUCUCCAAUAAAAAAAUCUGUCGACACUUAUACAUUAGAUUUAAAUGUUAUAUGCUUUGUUCAUCGUGAUGAAAAAUUGAAAAAUAUUUGUGAAAUAUUCAGGAAUGGUUUAAAACGCCAAAUUUCAUCUUUUUAUAGAAGAGCUAUUGAUUCUAUUAAUAACAACGAGAAAUUAGUGAAAUAUGAAGUUGUUCAUUUCUGGCCUGAUCAACUUAUUUAUCCAAUUUUUUCGCUUUAUCCAGAGAAUUCUAACGAUGAAGAAUUAAAAAAGUAUCGCGAGAGUUUACACGACAUUUUUCUACUUCCGAAAACUAUGCCUUUGUUCAGAUGGAAAAACAAAUUUGACUUUAAGCAUUCUACUAAAGAUGUUAAAGGGUUUUUAAUCUGUCCUCACAAACUUAUUAAAAAGACUAUAGAUCCAAGUCACAAUGUUUCACUUGUUAAAGGCCGAUACACUUAUCAUCAUUAUAUGCAAGAUAAUUUUAAUGAUAGUGGUUGGGGUUGUGCUUAUCGAUCCUUGCAGACUUUAAUUUCUUGGUUUAAGCUACAAUCUUACACUGAAAAAGAUAUUCCAAGUAUAACUGAUAUUCAAAAGACGCUUGUAAAAAUUGGAGAUAAGCCUGAGAACUUUGUGAAUUCUAGACAGUGGAUUGGUUCUUUUGAGGUUUCUUUUGUUAUAGAAGAUUUGUUAGGUGUGUCUUCCAAGUUUAUAUCAAGCGUUUAUGGUUCUGAAAUAGCAUCUCGGGCAAGAGAAUUAGCCAGCCACUUUAAUAAAAUAGGGUCUCCGGUCAUGAUUGGAGGAAAUAAUCUUGCUCAUACAAUCUUGGGAAUAGACUUCAACGAGCAAACAGGACAAGUUAAAUUUCUAAUAUUAGAUCCCCACUUUACUGGAGGUGAAGAUAUUGAUAUCAUUCUAAAUAAAGGAUGGUGUGGCUGGAAGGAAGAAUCAUUCUGGAAUCAGAAUGUUACAUAUAACAUGUGUCUACCUCAGGCACCUAGUACUGUUUAA